AUAAAAUCAGUAAGUCUUUUGGAAGGCUCUUGUUUUAGUCCUGAUUCUCCAUUUUAAAAUUCUCAAUAAUGUUUUAAUGCAGCUAAGAACAAAGAGAAACAGUAAAGACAGUGGGAAAGAUCCUGGUGCGAAGACUGGUGUGCACCGUAUUGUGCAAUGUGGAGACUAAUUUCCCUCCUGGUGUUUUCAGCUGCCUUCGUAGUGUCUAAUGGGCAUGAAGCAUCAGUCUUUUACAGCAGCCAAGAAGCAAACCAAGUGCUAAAAAUCCAGAAGCGGGCCAAUACUUUCUUGGAAGAAGUAAAGCCAGGUUCAUUGGAACGGGAAUGCUACGAAGAACAGUGUGAUUUUGAGGAAGCCCGUGAGAUAUUUGAAAGUAAUGAAAAAACUCUAAGUUUUUGGACAAAAUAUUAUGAUGGAGACAUGUGUGAAUCUAACCCAUGUUUCAAUGGAGUCUGUCGGGACGGCAUUGGCCGAUAUGACUGCAUUUGUAAAAAAGACUGGGAGGGGCGGCUGUGCCAAAAUGAGGUCAUUUACACCAACUGUUCCAUGGACAAUGGUGGCUGUGAUCAUUUUUGUAAUGAUGUCCAAAGAGACAAUGAGCAGUACCGUUACUGUAGCUGUGCUUCAGGAUACCGACUGUCUGAUAAUCAUACUUCUUGUGAACCUGAUGUGGAGUUCCCCUGUGGAAAAGUUGUGGAACCCAAGUUAAAGAUUGCGAAAGUAAUUGGAGGUAAAUCUGGAAGAAAAGGAGACAGCCCCUGGCAGGUUAUGCUGAGUGACAGUACAGGCAAAUUUAAGUGUGGUGGUGUUCUCAUCAACCCUGCCUGGGUUCUGACUGCUGCUCAUUGUGUGGUGAAUGAACAAAGAAUCAGGCUGAAAUUUGGUAAAUAUAAUCGUCUGAGAACAGAGGAAAGUGAACAAAUAAUGGAUGUUGACAAGCAAUUGCCUCAUGAAAAUUAUUCUGAAUCCACCUCUGACAAUGACAUUGCAAUGUUGCACCUAGCUCACCCCAUCAUGGUCAACAAGUACAUAGUGCCCAUUUGCCUGCCUUCCAAGCUUCUGGCAGACCAGGAGUUGAUGAAAGAAGGGACACAAACGGUGGUGACAGGAUGGGGCAGCCAGAGUACAGACAACAGCAAGAAUUACUCCACUGUUCUUCAGUAUAUUAAAAUCCCUGUGGCACCACGGAAUGAUUGUAUCAAUGCUAUGUGGAAUUCUGUCUCUGAUAACAUGUUCUGUGCAGGGAUACCAGGAGAUAAACGGGAUUCCUGUCAUGCAGACAGUGGUGGGCCCAUGGUCACAAAAUUCAAGAAUACCUGGUUCUUAAUUGGACUAGUGAGCUGGGGAGAAGGCUGUGGGAAUCCUGAUAACUUUGGGAUCUACACCAAGGUCAGCGCAUAUCUUGACUGGAUAGAACAGCAAAUGAAAACAUGACAUUUUCCCAAUGAACAUUAAGUAACAAAAAAGAAGAUAAGGGAUUAUUUUACCAAUAAACAGAACAGAUGCAGAAUGUCUAAUAAACACAGAAUAUAAAAAAUGA